AUGAGCGACGCUGAACAACGCCUAAUGCCUGGCCCUCAAGGGAAAACUCCUCAUUUUUACGAGGUCGAUCGUGGUGUGAAAACGGAGAGCUAUAUUACGGCUGUGUCAAGAAAUCCUGUUCCACCGAUUAAUCCGCCACCGCCAAAAGGUGUCAGCUACAGCAAGGUGAACGAUGAUGUAGCAGUGGAACGUGACGGUAAUGCAGCUCCAGUUCCACCGGAAGGUUCCAGUUCGGGACUUACCGAGGAGGAACUUGAGAAAUACAGAGAUGACCCUAUGUGGAAGACCGUAAGGAUGAUUCUGUUCGUGCUAUUCUGGAUAAUCUGGAUUGCACUAUUUGUGGCGUCGAUUCUUCUCGUCGUAUUCAGCCCAGGGUGCACGGUGCGAUCGAAGCCGAACUGGUGGCAGACGGCUGUCGCCUACAAUGUAUGGGUGCCUUCGUUCCAAGAUUCCGACGGAGAUGGAUACGGUGACAUGCAAGGACUACUGGAUCGCCUUGAAAAUCUCAGGAAGAGUGGAGUACAGACUGUUUGGCCGUCGCCGUUCUUGAUCUCGGAUAAUUUUUCAAAUGCUGUGCGAAAUUACGACCAAAUGGAUCCUGCAAUAGGAACAAACCAACUCGCGGAUAAAGCUAUCAAUGAGAUCCACGACAAAGGCAUGAAAUUGGUGAUCAGCCUUCCCAUCUCUACGACGUCCGUAGAACAUGACUGGUUCCUGAAAUCUGCUUCAGCAAGCCUUCCAGAGAAUCGAAAUUAUUCCGGAUUCUACCAUUGGUCAAAAGAUGGCGAUAAGGACUUCUUUACCGAUCGUAAGGGGCUGUCCUAUAUGCAUGAGAAAGGGAACGAGAAAGCAGCAGUUUUGAAUUGGCAAAACUCUAAUCUUCGCUCGCACAUGUUUGACGUGCUCUCCUCUUGGAUCGACCGUGGCGUCGACGGUUUCCAUUUGACGGGCAUCGAGUACUUGGCUCGAAACGCUGAAGGCACUGAACCGGAUUGGUCUGCAAUUGCGGAUGUUGUAAGCGACAUCAGGAAUCAUGUUGACUCAUACGUCAACGAGAGCACCAAGGCUGCCGGGAAGAAGAUCGCACUUUUCGCGUCACGGGAUGAGGCUAAGGAGAAGGACAAGAAACAGUUGGUGCAAAGCGGUUUGGACUCGGUGAUCAACUACGAAUUAGGAAAAAUUGAGAAGAACUCUGAAAUUUGCCACAAAAACGAAGGAACAGUGGCGACAUGCGUACAUGAGAUUCUCUCCGACAUCCUCCUUUUCCACACAAAUAACCCAUCGGUUUGGCCUCAAUGGGAGUUCGGGAAUCAAUAUGUUUCGCGCGUAGCGUCUCGUGUGGAAAGUCGAGCUCAUGCAGAACUUCUUCUCAUGUUACAAUUAAUUCUACCUGGAACCAAUAAUUUCUACUAUGGAGACGAACUUGGUAUGAAAAAUCUUCCGGAUGACUCAGUGGUUCCCGUUCAACGCGGUGCCAUGCAAUGGGAUGACACGGCAAAUGCUGGAUUCUCCAGCAAUUCAAAAGUCCCAGUCAAUUCGGACUACAAGAAUAUCAACUGGGUGCGCCAAUACGGUCAGGAGCAAUCCUCAUUGAAGAUGUUCUCGAAGCUCAGCAAGCUGAGGACCAGGGACGAUGCCCUGAUGUCCGGACAAACAUUGAUUGGAAGACUAAUCGAUGGAGCGUUUACUAUCGUGCGAUUCUACGUGCAUGAAAAUGUCACCACUGGCGGUGUCUAUAUCGGUGCGUUCAACUUCUCACCAAAUACUGUGAAUUUACCGUUGACUGAUGCGCCGAAUGGACAACACUUGGAAAAAAGUCAGAUUGUCACCACGACCUCGAAUGUGGAACGUUUCUAUCCACGGCAAACGGUCGACUUUAGCUCCAAAAAUGUGGAACUUCAUAAAGAGGAAGGAAUUGUGUUUAGAUAUGUUACCUAA